AUGAUUGACACGAGUCCAAGCAUGAAACGUGUGUUCGAAUUCAAGGCACUAUAUCUCCUGUCCACAGUUGUUCAGAAUGGGAAAAAUCGGUACGCGGAACAGGUUCAGAUCCAUGCGACCCGCCAAGCUGGUUAUAACGCCACCAUCAGCUCCUGCGAAAAGGGCCUGCAGUGGGAGAUGGCACUGCACCUGCUCGGCUCCAUCGUGCGUUCCAGGAUCUCCCCGGACGUCAUUAGCUACAACGCAGCCAUCAGCGCCUGCGAGAAGUGCUCACAGUGGCCAGUGGCUCUGGAGCUCUUCAACUGCCUUCCCUUAGCCAGGUUGGAGCCCAACGCCGUCAGCUACAACGCUGUUCUGGGCUCAAGCCUGCAGUCGUCAUCUGCAGCCGUGCAAGAAUCCAUCUUGGCCAUGAUCAAGAUGCACGGCCUGCCUGCGGCAGCGACUCUGAUCACAUACAACGCCUUGAUCUCGGCCAUCGACGGCCGACACUGGCAACGAGGCUUGGAGCUCUUCCAGCAGCUUCAGAAGGAGUCCCUGAGGCCCAACGUCAGGUGCUACUCUGCAGCCAUAAGCGCGUGUGAGCGAGGUGAGGCUUGGAACGCUGCCCUGCAGCUGCUCGACGAUCUGCAAGGCGCACGCGGACGCUGUGACGUUGUCGCCUUUGGUGCUGCCAUUGCUGCCUGCGCCCAGCGAGAGAGGUGGGAGGCAGCGCUCUGGAUUCUUGCAGACAUGAGGUGUCAAGGUGUGCCGCCCAAUGUGAUCUGCUACAGCGCAGCCAUCAGCGCCUGCGAGAAGCGUGGAAUCUGGCAGUCUGCCCUGGGCUUGGUCCGCACCUUGCGCGACGACGCCCUGCAGAUGUCCCUGGUGUGCUACAAUGCCGCCAUCAGUGCUUGUGAGAAAGGUGGCCGAUGGCGUUUGGUGUUGGCACUCACAAAGCAAAUGGCAUCCGAAGGCUUGCAACCAGAUCUCGUCACUCUCAGCGCCUGUCUCAGGGCCUUCACGGCAAGUCUAGCCUGGGCGCAUGCGCUGCGAGUGCUGACGGAAUCUGCACGCGAGGAGGUCAUGGACAUGGACACUUGUAGCCUGGCCGUCACUGCGUGCGAGCAGGCAAGGAGCCACGGGGGUCGAGCUCCGCAGCUCCUAACCAUGGCGCAGCUGCGGUCCGUGGCUGCCCUCAAG